GUCAUUUACCUUUCGCACAUGCGCACAAGUGCCACGUUCGCCCCAGUUUGAGCGUCAAUGCCAUGACAACAAGACGAUGACUUGAAGAGUGUAAAUGUGAUUUUUGAUACCUUGGGGUUUAAUAAACCUGUGGUCUUGUCGGACGCAUCAGUGAAGAAAAGAUGUCUCUAUUCAAGGCACGGGACUGGUGGUCGGUAGCCCUCGGCGAAGGCGAGGAGUUUGACCAGGGGUGCAUGUGCGUUGGAAAUGUGGACAACAGCGCCAUGGGACAUGACAAAGUGGUGGUGGGAAGCUACAUGGGCAUGCUGCGCAUCUUCUCCCCUCACGCUGCCAAAGCCAACGAAGCGGGCCAAGGCGCGGCUGAGGCGCAGCUCCUGGAAGUCCACCUCCAGAACGCCAUCGUCCAGGUCGAGCUGGGGAAGUUUGUCUCGUGUUCGGAUCUUCUCCACUUGGCUGUACUUCACCCCAGGAAGCUGUCCGUCUACUCCGUUCUGGGCACAGCGGGCAACGUGGAACAUGGCGACCAGUACCAGAUCAAACUGGUCUACGAGCACAACCUGCAGAGGACCGCCUGCAACAUGACAUACGGAACAUUUGGAGGAGUCACGGGUCACCACUCGCUUUGCAUCCAAUCCAUGGACGGCAUGCUGAUGUUCUUCGAACAGGACAGCUACUCCUUCGGAAGGUUCCUGCCGGGUUUCCUGCUUCCCGGCCCGUUGGCGUACAACUUGCGGACGGAUAGUUUCCUCACCGUGUCCUCGGCCCGCCAGCUGGAGAGCUACAAGUAUGAGACUCUGGCUGUGGCCACGGAGGCUGAAAGCCGCCAGGACCCCGACCAACCCCUCAAGACGGGUGGCAAGAGGCUGACCCCCGACUGGAUAUUGGUUCUGGGCGAGCAGGCCCUGGACAUCUCUGUGCCCUCCUUCUCCCACUCGUCGUCCUCCAUCUUCGUCCUUGGCGAUCGUAACCUCUACUUCCUGCGUGACAACGGACAGAUCUACUUCAUGAAGAAAUUGGAGUUCAAUCCCAGCUGCUUCCUGCCGUACACCUCGCUGACCGAUGGCACCACCAACCUGUUGCUAGGCAACCACACCAACAUGCUGCUGGUGUACCAGGACGUCACGCUGAAGUGGGCUGCCCAGCUUGCUUUCGUGCCCGUGGCGCUUCGCGUCGCCAACUUCCCGGAUCUGAAGGGCGCUGUGGUGAGCCUGAGCUGGGACGGCCACCUGCUGUGCUCCUACAUGGGCACCGACCCGUCCUUCUUCUCUACGCCCAAGGUGGACGCCCGUGAGGUGGACUAUGAGCAGGCUGACGCCGAGCUAAAGAGGCUGCAUAAGUUCAUCAGAGAGGCCAGCAGGACUCAAGACAUUCUGCCUAAAGGUGAAAGUGAGGAGGAUUUGACGGUAACGGCAUGCGUGUCUCCUGACAUGGACAUCCUGUCGCAAGCUCUGAUCCAAGACAUGGACGGCUUCCCUGUCCCUUCUGUGACCGUCAAGGUGACAGUGAAGGCUAGCAGAGCGAUGGCCUCGUCCAAGCUGACCGUUGGCGUUCAGCCUCCGCUCGCCGUCACCCAGGACCAGUUUGUCCUCGAACCUUUAGGAGUUGGCUCAUCCACCGAGGUUGUCUUUUCAGCUUUCCUCAAUGGUCGCUUCCCACCAGCCGACCUGAGCGGCGACAUCACCCUGUCUUACAGCUCGCCCACAGAGUUCAACCCCAAAGGAGUCCCUCACGUCAUUCAGUGCCAGUUCAACCUUCCUCUUGCCCUCGUCUGCACGGCAACGUCUCCCAGCAAGAGCAGCAGCAGCAGCAUCUUCAAGAUCACCGUGGACACCAACCAGCCACCUGUGGACCUGGCAGCCAUUUUCCCUGAAAUUGCGGCUCAGUCGGCAGAUAAUGAGGGAAACAGUUUGGCUUUCCGCUUCUUGCCGGGCGGCCUGGUGACCGUGCUUGCCUCCAAGACCUCCCAGCGCUAUCGCAUCCAGAGCGACGCCUUCGAGGACAUGUGGCUGGUGGUCAACGAGCUGGUCCACAGAGUCGACGUUCAUUUUGCCAAGCAGGGAGUCGACGACUUCAAGAAGAGCUUCAGCGGGCCGCUGCCCCUCAAGGACUACUUCCUGUCUGUUGACCACCACUUCCAGCUACGCGUCAGCGCUCAGAAGUACCAGGACCUCCUGUCCGAGCGGGCGGCCCAGUUCCGAGCCAUCCAGCGCCGCCUUCUGACCCGCUUUAAAGACAAAACACCAGCACCUCUGCAGAACCUUGACACGCUGCUUGACGCCACUUACACACAGGUGAUGUCUCUGGCGGAGGCGGCGGAGGAGAACGCGUGUCAGCUAGAGGAGGCCUUUGUGCGUUUGCGGAGCUCCACGCAGCUGCUGGUGCUGCUGCUGUCACUGUGGCAGGGCCUUACCCCCGAGCAGACCAACAUCUUGGAGGCCACCAUGCUGCCGCUGUUGCACGACACGCCCCAAUUGGGCUGGGAGGAGAGCUGCGACGCGGCCUUGUCUCACCUCCUGAGGACGUGUCUGUCUCGCAGCCCCAAGGACCAGGCCACCACGCUGGCCCAGGCCGGGGGUCCCACGCUGGGCCUGCCCCGAGACACGGCCCGCCUCAAGAAGCACAUCACGCUGUUGUGUGAGCGUCUGGCGAAAGGGGGACGCCUCUCACUGGCCUCCGAGGCCAACGCCCCGGUCCCUGCCCAGGUCCAGAACCUGGCGGGCCCCGGCGGCGUGGAGCCCAUCGCAGAGCUGGCGGGAGAUGAGACGGAAGAGCCUCAGGACGCCACCAAGUUCAUCAAGAAGAAACAACCUUCAAAAAAAGCCAAGAAAGAUAAAGACAAAAAAGUCUCCAGCGAACCAUCAGAGGGCGCCAUGAGAGAAGAGACAUCGGCGGCGGGCGAGGUGAAGAAGAAGGAGUCGUCCAAGGGGAAGGACACCAGGAAGGAGUUGAGCAAGGAGGACAAGGAAGCUAAGAAGGAGUCGUCGUCAUCUUCCAAGGAGAAGAAGGAGCGAGACAAGGAGGCAGGGGAUAGGAAAGUUUCCAAAAAGGCGUCUGCGGGCAAAGUCAAAGAAAAGAAGAAGAAUCCUGAGGCUGGAGAGGCUUGAGCACGAGGUUCCAACUUCGAUCGCCUCGGUGAGGUGGACGCGCUAACUACUAGCCGCCCCGCGUGCUGCUCAUUCAAAACAGAAUACACUCACCAUUGAUGGGCAGUUUAAAUGGUGGAGGGGGGCACAAUAUUACAUCAGCACCACUGGGGGGCCACAUAGGACAAAGCACUUCUUAACCAGGUUUUGGACAAAAAUGUUAAAUAUGGACAAAAUACAUGCAUAUGCCUGUUUGUUUGUUUUUUUCAUCAAACCAAAGCACAUCGUAGUAUGUCAUUUCAUUUUUCGUGAUACAUUUCUAAAAACAUGUAUAAGAGACCCAGACGUCAACAACAAAGGGUUUGAACAAACCAAAUUUGAACUAUAUACUGUGAUUUUAUUUUCCCAGUGAGAAGGACGGCACAAAACUGCUGAACAGCAAACCACCGUUAAGUUGCAAGAAGUCGUCUGGGGUAUGUUUUCACAAAAAUCUACUCACUCAAAACUUUCAUGUUAUUUGUCCUGCGUGUCAUUCCCAAAUCGACAAAAAAUAAUAAUAAAUGACACAGAUAAAUAGAUUUUUUUAAUCAGAGAUUGUUUUAUGUCUCCCCAAAUAUAUUUUUGACGAUGAUUUUUUUUUUUAUGUCCUGACUGUUUUUUCCUAGCACAUCAGGUUUUUGAGAUACUGACUGUAACUUCUAUCAACAAAAAAAAAACCCGUCGGUGUUGAAAAACUUGAUUUGAAUGACGUGUGCUCAGGUAAACAUUUACUUUCCAUUGAUACGAGUUAAUAAUACUUGGUAACGAUGGCAACAUGGUCACGUUUGUCUGCUAGCAUUAGCAUUCAUGUUGUCUGCUUGGUUAGCGUCGACAUGUAGGAGAGAAAAGUCAAUGAAAGCCCAAAAUAAAAAUUCUUGUCAAGAUUUUGAAGUGAAAUGUUUUGUGCUGCGUGAGGAGGAAGUCAGGCAAGAACGACGCGUCACUUUUGCCAGAACUUGCAGCAACGGCUCUGGUCUUGAAGUUUAGCUCCAUUCCCGCUUUGCAACUGCGUCACAUCUACUUCCUGGCAGAUAGAAACCAAGAAAACUUUGUUCAAUAGAAAAUAGAAUGAAAGUCAACUGUGACACUUUCCAGUCUUAUUUUUUGACCUCUUAGUGUCCAAAGUUGUUUUUUUCUUUUAGAAACUUGUUGUUGUUCGCUUUUUUUCUUGUUGCUCUUGCUCUCAUUUACUAUAAAUCCCAUUUAUAGCCCAUUUAUUUAUUCUGGGGGUUUUAUCUGUGUGUUUUUGUUUUUCCUUUCAAAUAAAUUAAUGUUUUCCUCUUC